AUGCCAAAAUUUCCCCUCAAAAGAAAGAAACCCAACUUCGCAAAUAUCAACAUAAAAUGCUACCUCUACCGAAGCGACACAAAAAAUGGGGAGAGAAAUACAUACGUGGUAGAUAAAAAGAAAAGGGUGGGAGAGAGGGUUCAAUUUAUGACCAACACCAAGUACAACGAAAUAGUUGCCCUGUUCAGAGGGAGAAACGAAGGCAGCACAGGGAACAAAAACAGAAACACCCAUUAUUGUAAUUUUGUAAAAACAGAUGUUAUAACCCUUGCAAGGAGAGACAUAGAACGGCUGAAAAAAAACAAAUUUAAGUAUCUUCCCCUAGGAGGGAACAGAAAACAUCACAUUAAAAAAUUUUUGACUGAUUGCAUUUUUGCCAAUAAUGCUAAGCAGUUACUGGGGACAGCGAAGAGACACAUCCACAGAGCUAGUCUCUAUCACCUUUUUCUUCUUCUUAAGUUAAGUGUGGAUUUUAAAAAUUGUGAAUUUUUUAAGCUGAAUGUGUUAGAGGCUUUUACGAACAAGGUGGAGUUGAUUGGGAGAUGCCAGAAAAAUGGACAUUUGGGGAGAGACCAUACGUCGGUGGUUCUCACAUACCAUCGUAUUUUAGACGACACGUUUUUUGCUAAUACAGGUGGGGUUGCGGAGAAGCCCCGCGCGCAGGACGUGUAUUUGUUCGAUGUGGUCAGUUUUGUGAAUGAGAGCGUCCAGGGGAGAGCGGCAGUGGAAUCGCCCCCCAGGAGUGGCAGCGCAGCAGUGGAAUGUCCUCCCAGGAAUGGCAACCCAGCAGUGAGUCCCCCCCCCAGUAAUGCCAGCACAGCAGUGAGACCCCCCCCCGACAGGAGCGAACCCCCUUGUCCGGACAAAAGGCACCCGCAGAAAGCCGGCAACUGGGCGCACCAGGGAGGGAAAAAGGACCCGAGGAAACGGCGCGGCGGACACAAGGCAAAAAAGGAGGAAAACGAAAGCCACGUAACACAAAGGGACGAAAUUUACGAAGACGAAAUUAAAUACUUUUUUUACAAUCACAGGACGAACCAUUUGGGAGUUUACAAAGAAAUUUUUGAAAAAUCUGAUCAGUACAAGUGUUUAAAAUUUUACGAAAAUGCAAAAAAAAAAAUUGCAACGCGGGGGGAGGAAAGCUCCCCGCAAGAGCUGCUAAACAAUAAGCUGAGAAGCAGCCUGCUCAGCCACCCCAACGUUGAAGGCAGCAGCUUUGGAGGAAGCACCUUUGGGGGAAGCACCUUUGGGGGAAGCACCUUUGGGGGAAGCACCUUUGGGGGAAGCACCUUUGGGGGAAGCACCUUUGGAGGAAGCAACAUCGCAUACAGCACUUUUGAAGGCACCACCUUUGAAGGAAGCAACGUUGAAGGGGCGUGCCAGUCGGGAAGGGCCCCCCCGCGGAACGGAUUAAGUCGAUACACACUGAAGGAGCCCGUGCUAAACGCGUUCCUCAGUGUGUGUGCAAAUAAUUACGACGACAGGACGUACAAAUACAUGAAGGCUGUGUACUUCUCCAAUUUUUACGUGUACAAUCCGUUAUUCCUGUUUCAGUACUUCAGCCACAUCCCAGCAAGCGAAAAUAAAUUCUUCGAAUUUUACUUAACUGAAUUUCUCAAAUUUUUAAACAACAUCAUUAGUAGGGAAAAGAACGUGGCCUUUAUUUUGUUUCUUUUUUAUGAAAUUUUUCGAUCGGACAGCCUCGUGGAAAAGUACCGGCAAAUUUAUUGGGACAAUUUUUACCUGUACAGUUCAGAAAGACAGGAAAAGAAGCCUCCUCCCUUGAGUAUUUUCUUUAACUUUUUAAAUUACCGAAGCGUUUUUAACAAGUAUGAAGAUGAGCUGAAGGGGGUGCAGAUUGAGAGGAAGCAGUUUUAUAAGCCGCUUGUGGCGGUUACUAAGAGGAUAAGGGAACAUAGCUCCGUGAAUAAGGCCCCCACGAAUCGGGAGGGAGAAGCUACCCCCCCGCGGGAGAGAGACACACUCGAGGGAGUUGCUUCACUUGGUAGUGACCGCUUAACCAAUGUGUUGGGGCGUCGCGCUGCCCCACGCGGGCAGUUGGCCUCUAAUUUGCCGUUGAAGAGGAGGGAGUUCCUCCGCGGCAUGCAGAGGGCCCACCAGGAGUUCGCCGCAUCUUCCCCACAGAGAAGCGGCGGGGGCAAAGCUGACCCAGUUGGAGGCGAUGAACCAAUUGGAGGCGAUGAACCAAAAGGGGGGACCCCCCCUCGGCAAAUCCUCCAGUUGUACGACGCCAGCCUGAAGCACAACAUCAUAUCAAUCCGCAAGAAGGAAGUCUUCAAUAUGAUCCUCCACCUGAACAAACACAACUUCACACAAAGUGGAAACUACCUAAACAAAUUUUGCUUCUUCCUCCUAAACGAAUUCUGUGAGAAGGACAUAGUCACCCUCUUUGCUAACCAUUUGAAGUACAACGGGAACGACCACGAUCUGUUGUUACUUAACAAAAUAAUUAAUAUUUUGAUUUACAAGAAAAAAAAUAUUUCUCUGAGUAAUAAUAUUACUAUAUGUAACAGUCUAGCCAAGUAUCAACUCUUUAACAAUAAUUUUUUUUCGUUGGACAAAAGGAACUUCUUCGAUGAAGUGACUGAUGCGAAUAUCCACUCGCUUGUCGCGUUGCUCUACUCUUGGGGGAAGCUUAAGGUCAGAAAUAUGGACCCCCUUUUUUACCUCCGAGUCAUUAAAGAAAUUAUUAAAAAAAUCGAUAAGAUUAAUGAAUACGGCUUGUCCUGCUUGCUGUACGGGCUCAACAACCUCAUAGAUAGGAGAAAGGGGAGGGAGGAGUCCAUAAUGCCCUCCCCCUCGGGAAGCGCCAAACGGGGCAGCCACGUAGGAGAAGGCAGCCACGUAGGAGAAGGCAGCCACGUAGAAGGAGGCAGCCACGUAGAAGGAGGCAGCCACGUAGAAGGAGGCAGUCACGUAGAAGAAGGCAGCCACGUAGAAGAAGGCAGCCACGUAGAAGAAGGCAGCCACGUAGAAGGAGGCCCCCGCGGAGUGGUGCCCCCCCAAAGCGACAUCCAAACGGUGGCCCUUGAAAACGAACUCAUAAGAGCAAUAGUGAAUAAACUUACCGUCUUCAAAAAUAUGAAUAUAAAUUCCUUCUGCAUAUCAAUUUCGUGUCUGUCCAAGAUAAAUAUUUUCCCGAAAGAAUUAUAUGAAGAAGUGAGAACGGUGACAUACAAAUACAUGCACAGCGUGAAUGUGACCUCACUGCAGCACCUACUUUUAGCUCUCGCCAAAUUUUACAUUAAAAAUAAAAGAAGUCAGAACAUCGAUGAACUCAUAUUUGACAUUUUUAAUUUUAUGUUCACUUAUAAAUAUAAUGACAUAUCUUUUAAGUGUGCAUGUAAAUUUUUACACAUUUUGAGUUUACUGAAUUUGAGGGAUGAAGACUUCAUUCUGCUUCUUCUCCUGGUCAUUUCGAAUGAGCAGAAGAUUUUGGCUGGUGCCUACGGGGGGAGGAACAUCUCUUGUGGGGAGGCGAAUGUCCCUAAGGGGGACACCCCAAAGGGGGUGGGAAUUGCUAGGUCCCACUCGGCCAACUUCAACACGCGCAGCUCGUUUAGCGGCGUUGGAACCGUUUCUAGUGGUGGAACCCAGCUUGGAUAUCGGCCAUAUGGAGUAACAAACAAUCACCAUACGAAGGAACAGUCACCACCCCUGAAUAGCGACCCCUCGGCGAAGCGAACAAACCAGAGUUGCAAGUAUAAGGGCUCCCUAUUCAUCAAAGGGCUAAGUGCACUGAAGGAAGACAACUAUUUUAAGAGUUCCUAUAGCGCGUACCCAUUUUUUGACGUCAAAAAUUACAAGUUCGACUUGAACAAGGUUUUGUUAAUUUUUAAAAAUGCCGAUAGUAGCUACCUGGUCAAUGUGUUGGAGAGUUUAUACAGCUUGUCAUACUAUUCCUACUUUUCAAUUCACCUGACCGUGGUCAUAAAAAAUAUUAUGAUAAAGCAAAUCCACGACUUGAAAGUAUCCAGUAUAAUGGCUCUUCUUUUUUCUUACAUAGAUUUACACUUUUUUGACCACUCUCUGUAUGACAUAGAAUUGAAUUUAUUUUUAAGUGAAGACAGUGAUGGUACUGUACCCAUUGAGGAGGGAGUCCAAUGGAAUGAUGAGCAACCUUUACUGUUGGAACCUUCCAUGGUUGACUCGAUUGAGAAGGAUACCACAGAAGGGGUAAACGAAAAUGAAAAACUCAUUCAGUCAAAUAGGAACCAACACCCUCUCAGUGAUGGAAGCACCACCAAUGCCCUGAGAGAACAACUACACAGCGUGUACAACUACAUGCUUUGUAACUUCAAAAUCAUGAACGAGCAGGAACGGAUGCUCCAUAUAGAGAAGCUUAAACUGGUCAUGCACGAAAUGAAGAAGAAGAGAAAAUAUUUUGUGGAAAAAAUUUACAAUGAGAACAACACGCCAAGUGUGGAGUACAUACUGUCAAUGAUUCACGACUAUGACGAGAUGGGGAAGGAAAACUGCCUAAUGCCGGAGGGGGGAAGAAUCCACUCCACGGUGAGAAGCGACCAACGAGGGGGAUGCAAUCCGGAUCUGAAUGCGCACAGAUAUAGGGAGAAGGGGCCCCUUGAGACGAGAAAAAAAGACGGCGAACUGGAGAACUCGCUGAAGGAGAAACACUUUGAACAGAUCAAAAAUAUCGUAGACCAAUUCAGCUCGGUGAAGAAGUUCCACUUGAAGGAUAAAACGCUAAAGGAAAAAUUACAAAAAAAAGAAUACUACGAUGAUUUUUUCUUUUUAAAAUAUAGAGAAUACUACAAAGAAGACCUCAUCAAUUUAUGUCUCGAAACGAUGCUAAAAAAUGUGACUUACAUUUUGAACAAUUAUAAGCAGUACAAAAACUGCAGCACUUUUUUCCUCCUCCUUUUUUGCGACAUUUUUCUGCCGUACACCACGAGCGACAUUUUUUUCUACUUCAAGUGCAUUCAGAGGAGUUACGAUGGGGAGGAUGGCAGUGACAAGAAAAAUGGAGAUGAUAACAAAUUGCAGCAACAGUUCAAGCACAUUUUGGAAAACAUAGAGCUAUCCCACUUUACCGCAGACACGAUCAGAAACGUUAUUAACGCGAAGAAUGCCUCCCACAUGGUCAUCCCCUAUUUGGACAUAUUACAACACAACAAUAACUUCCUCAACAAAGCCGUGUGUGCGAGUGGUAAGAGUGAUGAAGGGGCGCACUGCGUAGAGGACCUUCAACGUGUUAGCGGCAAGCGAGAUGACCAUCCGGAGGGCGAAACCCACAAACAGCAUGGGGCGUAUGGAGAUACCUCUAAGGAGUACCAACACUUCAUAAAUUCGUAUGACUCCACUUAUAGGCCAAAAAAGAUGAAGCUUGAAAAUAUCGUCCCCUUAAACUUAUUGUACAAAUUUUUCCAACUAUUCAACUUUAACAUAAAUAACGUGCAACUGAUUUACCUCCUAAACGAAGUGAUUAAAGAAAACGAGUCAAACGAGUUAGUCGGAAAUGACAACACAAUCCAGUUUAGCAAAAGUGAAAUUUCGCCUGACCAGUUCAGAAAAGUUUCCUACCCACUCAUACAAAUACGAAAUAAAACCUUAAUUGUUCAUAAAAAUUCGAAAAAAGUUUUUUUUAAAAAUUUCAACAUCAUAGAUCAUUACUUCAAGCCAUCAAGAGGUAUGCUUAUACAAAUAUUGGACAAUGGCAUUCAUAAGGCAGUUUCGAUUUAUGUGGACGUGUACGUUGUUGCCUACAAGGUGGAUAUCCUCAUUGAGCGAGACGCGGUGUUGCGUCAGUAG